AUCAUUCGGCGGAGAGACUCUCUCUGACAGUAACGUUAGUUCUGUGGAAAAUGUCGGAGACGGCGGUUACUUGUAAUAUCUGUGGCGCAUCCUACACAUUACCCGAAGAUGAAGCUGUGGGGAAUCUCCCGCACGUGCUGUUGUGCAGUCAUAUCUUUUGCAGCACAUGUCUGCACGCGCUCGAGUCACCUCAGAAAGUCAUCACGUGUCCGGAAUGUCAGAUGGAAACCCUAAUUGGUGAGGAAGGAGUUGAUGGGUUGGAGGUGGACAGCAGAAUCAUUGGCCUCAUCUAUACAGCACGGAUGAACACAAAGAAAGACAGGCACUCUGGAGACCGGUGGAAAUCUCAAAGGUUAAGGAGCCCACCCUCAUAUGCAGCCGUCCACACACAGGAGAAUGCUGAAGGGAGGCCAGAUGUCGUUAAAGUUUUGGAUGAAGCUCUCAUUAAAGCAAUGGAAAACCUGAAUCAACUUGAUAAACUUCACCAGACUCUUACCAAUGGUAUUCAUGCUCAGCUGAAAAAAGAAAGAACUCGAAUUGUCAGAGAAAUUGAUGAGGCCAUUAACAAAGCAAGGAGCAUUCUGACGAAAAGACGGAAUAUGUUGGUGUCAAAAUUGGACGCUAUUGAUCAUCUCUUCUCGGAUGGUUGGAAAGAGUGUAAGAGAAUAGAAGAGCGGGUAAAGGAUCUGCAAACAGCCAUCCAGAAAGCUCGACACGUUCGUCAGGUUCCUUCUCUGGAGACCUAUUGCAACCUAGACAAGAUUUUGGAGACUCUACAAAUUCCAGUGGAUGUUGAAUCAUAUGACAUGAGCUGUCUGUCAUUGCGUUCAGGACUCAGCUGCAGUCUUCAGAUAGACAGUCUUACUGAAAGUAUGAAAAACUGUCUUAAAAUCACAGAUGUCGAUUAUAGUUGUAUCAGAGAAGUUGCUGUGGAGCCUUUCAAACAUGUUGUGAAAAGCACUGAGGAAGUCUGGGACAGCUCCAGUCAGUCUGUUCCGAGAAAUGCAGACACCAUUCCCAAAAGACAACGCACACACAGCCCAAGUUUUAUGGGUGAAACAGAUACAGGAACAGAGAAAGUGGAAAUAGCACGCAGUUACCCGGUUGCUGAACCAAGGUGCAAUGAACGGAACAGAGCACUUAAAAAACAUCGCAGGCAGCAUCUUGAAAAGUCCUCAACUCUACAACCUAAAAUGGUGCACUAUGCACUGGCAACACACAUUGUGAACCCUGGACAUUUCUACGUACGCUAUUUGCUCGAACACAAGGCAGGUCAAAAGUUGGCCAAAAAGAUCAACGAUUUCUGCUCAGGAGAGAAUAGCCACUUCACGUGCAGUGAUGAAAUCAAGACGGGCUCUCUGAUCUUUGUCUAUUGGAAGGAGGAUGUGUGGUGUAGAGUAACAGUGACUGAGCUCUUUCAGAAAGAGCGUUUCCAGAGUGUGACCAAAUGCCUUGCUUUAGAAGUCUCCCGUCUAUGUGUUUACUUUGAGGACUAUGGCUUCUCCAAGGGCUUCUCAAUCCCAAGUGAUGGAGGUUUAAGCUCGUUGAAUGAGUGUCUGCGGAGACCUGAUGCAUCUGCUCUAAUGGAAAUAAACGGCUGGGCUCCUCUGGCCAUCAAAUGUUCCCUUCAAGAUAUCAUUCCUUCGGACUUGGUGAAUGGGUGGACUUCAGAGGCAAGUGACGAGAUGAGAAGACUGCUGGGCACUGAGGCUGUGGAGAUGCAGGUGUUCGGUGAGGACGGAGACACGCUGUUAGUGGAUAUGAGGAAAACGGCGAUGGUGUCUCUGCGGGAGCAUCUGGUGUUCAUGGAACUGGCCAGAUUCUACUCUCCUAUAGUAGCUCCUGGCAGUGUGCCCCUGCUCUUCUACCCUCCAGUUCCCCCUAAAAUCAAUGUUGAGUUCAACGCUAUGGUUGCUCAUGUAAACUCACCGUCAGACUUCUAUGUACAACAAGUUGAAAAUAUGGAGUACUUGCUGUUGCAUUCGAAGCUUCAAGACUGUUACAGUCAUCCCAAUGCAGACCAGGAGUUCCAGAUCUACUGCCCUUCUAUCUCACAGGCCUGCGUCGCUAGCUAUGACCAAGAGUGGUGCAGGGUCCAGGUCACAGGUUUCCCUGGUGGUCGGAUGGUCGAGGUUCGGUAUGUGGACUUCGGUUACAUAAAGACUCUCUCCGUGAAAGAUCUGAGACAAAUAAAGGACGAGUUCUUUGCUUUGCCAGAAAUGGCCUUGUGGUGCAGUCUGAAUGAUGUGGUCAGUUUGCAGAAAACAUGGAGUGAUGAAGCCUGUGAUAUGUUUAAGGAACUCGUGGAGCAUAAACUUAUCACUGUUGUGGCAAAACAGUCCAACACUACACCUUUGCCCGUGUGUCUGUAUGAGAUUGGGGACGAUUUUCCAGGAACCAGUAUUGUGGACAUACUGGUCAGAAAUGGCCUUGCUGUUUCCAGUAAACAGAUCCAGGUUAAAGACACCCAGCCCUUGGAGACGACUGUCUGGGACCCUCCAUUUGAGGAGGAAGUUCGGUGUGUUGUGCCGACUCCCCCUCCUGCUUCUGAAGAGCUGAAGCCUAGCCUGAGUCUGCCUACCUGUCUCAAAGACAUCAGAGUUCGUGUGACGCACGUCACCUCCCCUGGAAACAUCUUUGUGCAGCUGCUGCAGUUUGACACCCAGCUGAAGAGAAUCCACGACACACUAAAGAGUCUCUUCUCUAAGUCUGAGCCGCAAGAGAUGCACUGGGAAGCAGAGAUGUUCUGUGCUGCUAAUAACACUGGGGUUUGGGAAAGAGGAAAAGUGUGCAGCGUGUCCACUAGUGGUGUUGCAGAGGUUUUGCGUUGUGACUUUGGUAAUAAAGUGAAUCUCCAUGUGAACAAUCUCAGACCCCUCUGUGCGGAUCUAAUUGGAUCUUUCUUACUGGAAUGUAACCUCAGUGGUAUAAGGCCAGCUGGUGGUCGCUCUACAUGGACAGCCACAGCGUGUGACUUUAUCUCUCUCUACUUGACCGGUGCCAUGGCUGUAAUGGACAUAAAGGAGCCAACCGCCAGUCCAGUGCUUGUGUGUCUGUUCUGUUCGAACCGGGCCGGUCAAAACGUAAAUUUUGCUGAUUUUCUCAUUAGUGAAGGCCUUGCACUAAAGGAGAGAAAGGCUGCUUCCACAUCUGAGACAGUUUUUUCAGAGGAGUGUGUGUUGAGCGAGGAGGUUCCUGAGCAACAGAGAAUAGUGAGUCCAUCUCAGACUCCGCCCAGACCCACCCCUCGCUUUAACCCAUCACCAGAGAGAGUGCAGACACGCUCUUACCCCCCUCCAGAGCUGCCUCCCUGCGGAAACACGCUCAUGAGCAUCUCAGCCAUCUCUGAACAAGGUGUCAUUUAUGCAAUGACACACCAAGCAGUGUGUGAGUUUGAUCGCUUGCGGGAGCGGCUGCAACAGUACAUUAAAACUCUGCCGAGACAGAAGAACUACAACUGGAAAGGAGUUUUGGGCUGUGCUGUCAUGGGAACCGACAUGUUCUGGUACAGAGGUCAGGUGCAGGAGGUCAUUGGAGGACACGUGAAGGUCCGAUAUGUGGAUCAGGGACUUGUGGAGAGCAUCCCGGUUUGUCACGUGUACCCAGUGGUUCUCUGUGAGGAUGUGCCGCAGCUCUGUGUGCCUUGUCAGAUAAAUGGAGUCAUACCGAUCGGGAAGGGAUGGCAGUGGGAUGCUGUGGUGCUUAUGAAGGAGUUGCUACUUGGGCGUUCAGUCAAUGUCUACAUUAUGGAACAACCAGAGGAUCCAUGUGACUGUGUUACGGUAGAGAUAAUGGUGGAUGGCAUGGCACUUAGCAAGAUAAUGGUGCACCACCAAUAUGCCACUUUUGACCCUGCCAUCAGCAGCCAAGAGGAUUAUGUGGUUAAGCCUCAUGCCCUUGAUUUGGAUGACUGGGACCUAAACACAGAGGGAUUGGAGGAGCCCCAGCUUGUUUUAGGGGUCUAUAAAGAACUCCAGAUUCCUAAAGAAAGAAAACAUUUCCCUGCCAAGGUCAAGCAUAUCCGCACCCCUAAUGAGGUGUUCCUGUGUGUGUUGGAAAAGACUCAGAGAAAACUGGAGCAGGGAGAUAGUUUGGAGGAAGCUCUCGAGCGUGUGAAUAAGAGUGUUGAAAACCUGAGCCUGCUGACAGACUUCCCCAUUGAGUGUCCCUGUCUGGCCGAAUACAGUGAUGGUAAAUAUUAUCGUGCAAAGCUACUGGGCUUUUCUGAAGUCACUCCCUCUGUCAAGCUCCUUGUGAGACAUGUGGAUUUUGGCUCGGAUGACAUUUUACCAGUAAACAAAUUGCGGCAGCUCCCUGCAUCCCUCCAUCAUUAUCCCUGUGCAGCUGUUUACGUCAAGUUAGCAGGCUUCAAACCAGCAAACGUGAUCUUGGAGAUGGAGCGGAUACCUUAUCGGCCUGAGUGGACUAUGAAAGCAAUGCUGGAGAUGAUCGACCUGUUGAACGGAGAGCUCACUGCGGUGGUCACUGCAACGGAACCACAGCUGACCGUGUUGCUGUAUAAUGCAGAUGGAAGACUUGUCCACACACGUCUGGUGGAGAAAGGCCUUGCAGAUUAUGAAUAAAGUUUCUAUAGGUUGUGGCAGUGACUGAGGAUCGUCAGCGUUCAUAGCUUUUGAAGGCAAAACUUUUUAUGUUGGUGUAGUAGUUUCAUUUUAUGUUAAAGCAUUCAGGGGUUUAAGCUACUUUGUGCAGUUGUUAAUAUAUUUGGCCAGUUUUAUGUUUGUGCAAUUU